ACGCCAAGCUCCAAAUCAAACUUUCUGUAUUCUCUGUUUCUGGAGCAAUCUGUCCAUUUUUCUGCAAAUAAUGCAAAAUUUGCCACCGCCGUACCAUUGUCAACGUCAUUUCAACCCGAAUUCAAUCUGUGCAAAAAGCCACGGUUUCGGUUAGCCUCCUCGCCUUUUCCAUCUUCUACCUAUUUCAUUUCUUUUUUCUCUCUUCUAAUCAAUCGUAGACUCUGAAAUUGUUCGCGUCGACUGAUCCUUCUCCGCAUGCAGGUGCCUGAGGCAGGGGAAACAGAGGAAUCCGUCGUCGUCGUCGUAUGGGGGAUAUAGGCAGCAAAAGAGAGGAGGAGAGGUUUGAGGAUGGAGAGUACGAGGUUGAGGACUUGAGAGAGCAAAUCAAAUCAUCGAGAUCGAGCAGAUUGGAUCUCUUGGAGAACGAGCUCGGGAUCGGUGGUGCUCGGAGGAAGUUCAGUCGCGAAAAGCUCAUCAAUGGCAUCAAAGAUCUCUCCAGAGGCUUCGUCAUUCUUCCUGAAAAGAGGUUCCGAAUCUCAAUCUUUCGUUAAUUUCUCUCCAUAAUUACUUCAAUUCCAAGUUUGUUUGGUUGCUUGUGUCUAUUCCAAAAAGAAGAAAGAAAAAACAGACAGUUUUUCUCUUUUUUGAGUUGAGUAAAAGAAGGUAGUUUUU